GUUACCUCCAGCUCUGCCGAGGAGGAAACAGCCUUCACAGACCGUGCCUCCACUCCGUCCCCUCACCUGACCUGCUCCGGCUUACUCCCCCUCCUGGUGCGUUCCUCCAUCAGUGCUCACCAUGGUUUCUACUGGGAGACAACUGCUGGGCUUGGCCCUGGCCAUCGUAGGCUGGAUCGGCGCCAUCUUGGUGUGCGCUCUGCCCAUGUGGAAGGUGAGCGCCUUCAUCGGCGCCAACAUCAUCACGGCGCAGACCACCUGGGAGGGCAUCUGGAUGAACUGCGUGGUGCAGAGCACGGGCCAGAUGCAGUGCAAGGUGUACGACUCUCUCCUGGCGCUGAGCUCGGACCUGCAGGCGGCGAGGGCCCUGACCGUGGUGUCCAUCGUGGCGGGCGUAGUCGGCAUCUUGCUGGGCAUCGUCGGCGGCAAGUGCACCAACUUUGUGAGUGAGGAGCGGGCCAAGAGCAGGAUCGGCAUCGCGGCCGGCGUGGUGUUCCUGAUUGCGGGGGUGCUGGUGCUGGUGCCCGUGUGCUGGACGGCCAACACCGUCAUCCAGAACUUCUACAACCCCAUCCUGGUGGGGGCCCAGAAGAGGGAGCUGGGGGCCUCGCUGUACAUCGGCUGGGGGGCCGCCGGGCUGCUGCUCCUGGGGGGGGCCCUCCUCUGCAGCUCCUGCCCGCCCAGCGAGGAGCGCCGGCCGUACGAGGCGGCGUACUCCAAGGCGGCGAGCAGCCGGGCGUACGUGUAGAGGCAAGGAGCCAUGGCGAGGUUGAAUUGUUGAAAGACAACCCUACAGACGCGCUCACACAUACAGUCCGAUGUGAUAUGAAGCAUUGCCUCAUGCUUCCGCUGCCUGGAAACUAUGCUGUGUAUUGUUGGCUUGACGCUUUGUUGAAUGUAUUGAAUGUGAACUCGUUGCGAAGUGUGUCCUGAGUCAUGCUGCUCCACGAAGCCUGAGUCGGUGCAGCUGCCUGCUGGUCGCUCACUAGCUGCCAUGGAGAGGCCUGGCUUUGAGCCACCAGUGGAGUAGACCUGGAAAUGCUUCUCCUCUCCACCAAUCUGAAUGUCUGCAUCUGCCUUGUUUAACUUUAUUAUUUUUUGAUUGUGUGCGUGAUUGUACUAUAUCUAUGUACAAUUUCUUUAUAAAAAAUGAAUAAAGUGUCAGUGAUGAUGACAAACGCUGAAGAAACCUGUCUGUCCAGCUUCUCACU